AUGCAUAACUCCGUUCUCUUUUAUGCACCAUUUGCUUUGGUAGUGGAGUGGGGGAGGAAUCCAGGGAGUGGGAAGAAUAUUUUGACAUGGCAGGCAUGGUUGAUGGACGACAGCAACGAAGAUCCAAGGCUUCCUCACCGUCGCGAUCCCAACGUAUCAGUUUCAUUGGACCAAUUGGCAGAAUUGGGAGUCUUAUACUGGAAGCUGAAUCCAACUAUCUAUGAGAACGAUGAAGAGUUGACCAACAUUAGAGAAGCUAGGGGAUACAACUACAUAGACAUGCUUGAUUUAUGCCCAGAAAAGGUGGAAAAUUAUGAAGAGAAGCUGAAGAAUUUCUACACUGAACACAUUCACCAAGAUGAAGAGAUUCGUUAUUGUUUGGAAGGAAGUGGCUACUUUGAUGUGAGAGGCAAGGAUGAUCGUUGGAUUCGCAUUUUGAUCAAGGCCGGUGAUCUUAUCAUUUUACCGGCUGGAAUUUAUCAUCGGUUCACCCUAGACCCGAGUAACUAUGUGAAGUUAAUGAGAUUGUUUAAGGGAGAGCCAGUGUGGACAGCAUAUAAUCGACCACAAGAAGAGAAUCCUGCUAGAAAGGAAUACAUUAAGGUCCUGAAGGAAAAAAUUGGAGUGCCACUUGAAGCUCAUUAA